UAUUUAAACACGCCUCGUGCAGUGCAUGCUGUUCAUGUGAUAUUCAAGGCAGUUUUCUUGCUCCUCAUGUUUUUAAGGCCAUACAAAUGAAGAACACACACGGUAAAAAAGCACCCCAUGCCAAUUCGUUUGUAGUGAAAGCUGAGCAGCCCACAGGGUUUUUCUCAUCCUCUUUUUGCUGUUUCCCACUCUAACUCAUGAAGUCUACAGGCUUUUAUUUAAAUAGGUUAAUCUUCUUUUUGCUGCUUCCCAUCCUAACAUGCGGAGUCUACAGGCUCUUCAUUUAAAUAUUUAGAUGUCGGGUGUCGUUUUUUUUUCCUGCUGUUUCCUGUUCUAACUUGUGGAGUCUCCAGGCUUUACUGGCUUUCGAAGAUGGCACCGGGGUUGCCCCAAACGUACCUUAGAAGAACUGAGGCCCGAGAUAGAGCUGAUAACUGGGGUGGGAGAGCCGCCAAGCGCUCCCUUACAGCCUGACACCCCCUGGCUGGGGAGCAAGGCUGGGCUUUGUGCUGAAACCAGAAAAUGGCCUGGAAACCCAUCCUGAGCCAGCGGCCUUGGGACCGUGAGGAGCAUUGGGGGCUUCGUCAUCUUCAUCGUGCCCAGGAGGAAGGCUCCGGGACCCCCAGGGGAAGGCCCCAGGACCCCUGUUUUGACCGAAGCAACCCCGGCCAGGCCGUGAGGACCAUGAGCGCCCACCCGGCCGCGGCACCCAUCUUCGCGGAUGGCGAGGACUGCCGGCAGGCCUGGCGGGGGGCGACGGCCGCCUACGACGCCCCGGACGCCCACCUGGAGAUCCUGGGGAAGCCGGUGAUGGAGCGCUGGGAGACCCCCUACAUGCACUCGCUGGCAGCCGUGGCCGCCUCCAGGGGCGGCCGCGUGCUGGAGGUGGGCUUUGGCAUGGCCAUCGCCGCCACCAAGGUGGAGGAGUUCGACAUCGAGGAGCACUGGAUCGUGGAGUGCAACGAGGGCGUCUUCCGGCGGCUGGAGGAGUGGGCCAGGACGCAGCCGCACAAGGUGGUGCCACUGAAGGGGCUGUGGGAGGACGUGGUGCCGACGCUGCCGGACGGGCACUUUGCUGGAAUCCUGUACGACACCUACCCGCUGUCGGCAAAGACCUGGCACACGCAUCAGUUCGCCUUCAUCAAGGACCAUGCCUUCCGCCUGCUGCAGCCCGGCGGGGUCCUCACCUACUGCAACCUCACCUCCUGGGGCGAGCUGCUGAAGACCAAGUACACCGACAUCGAGAAGAUGUUUGAGGAGACCCAGGUUCCGCACCUGGUCGAGGCCGGGUUCAAGAAGGAGAACAUCAGCACCACGGUCAUGGACCUCGUCCCCCCCAAGGACUGCCGGUACUACUCCUUCCACAAGAUGAUCACCCCCAGCGUGGUGAAGCACUGAGCGCUGCCCCGAAGCCACGGGAAGCACGAGGAGGAGCUGAUGAAGCACCAAGGAGCGCAUAUAUAUGUGCGCUCUCCUCUCCAAUCCCUCAAUUCAGCAACAAUUCAAGAGCUUGGCUCUGAGCAUUCAGCCAAAGGGGUUGAAGCGGUCGUUUACUCUAAACUACCGAUCAUUUUUUUAAAUCAUGGGGUAGCUUUCGGCGCUCAAGCCAAAUAAUCUAAACAAGGCAGGAGAAAUGGGGAAAAUCAGACAGUCGGAGGCAGAUUUGUUAGAAUUGGAUUUCAACUGCUCCCGAAGCAACUUUCUAGUGAAGUUUCCUCAUAUUUUUGGCUAAUGUCUAUUUUAAUAAGUUCUGAUCCUUUUGACCCUCUCGCAGUUCAAUAGCGCAUAAAUGAUGUUUCCUUUCUCUACCCAGAGGGGAUAAAAUCCAUUAAAACAGAAUGAAAUACA